CCUACUUCAAGCUUCAAAUCGCCACAUAAUCAAUCAGUUUGCAGAAUAUGACAUUGUACAUACAUGUACGAUCUCUCGUGAUUAAAAGAUAAGAAAUUGUGCACCACAAUACUAGACAUGUUAACGGCUUCAUUGUUUUUGUCUUCCGUAGUACUAUUUCUGACGUAUUCAGAUAUAGUCAACACCGAAUGUCCGUUAGGCUGGCAUCAUUAUGGAACCUCUUGUUUUUUCUUUAGUACUGAGGCUUUUAAUUGGGUAGAUGCUGAGGGCAGUUGUCGUGCACAUAGUGCUCGUCUGGCUGAAGUUCAAAGCAAAGCACAGUCAGACUAUCUAAUAAAUAUGUCAAUAUCUGUAGGACAAGGACACAGUUAUUGGUUGGGUGCACGAGAUGAUAUAAUUGAAGGGACUUGGAUCUGGGCAUCGACAGACGAGGUCGUUACAUAUACAAACUGGUUUCCAGGUGAACCGAAUGGGCUUCGCAGAGAGAACUGCUUACACAUGUAUUCUGCAGAAGGCCUGAAAUGGAAUGAUUACCCUUGUGAACAGAAGAACAGAUUUAUUUGUGAAAAAGAGUAUCCUGGAGAUGGUUCUGAAAUAGUAGGAUAAUCAAAUGUUAAUGUUAACACAAGUCGU